CUCAAAUUCGUUUUGAUAGAAUUUUUCAAAAUUCAUGUAGAGCUGAGAAGGAAAACUACAUACAUAAACAGAAUUAAUGUAUGGUUUUUAGAAAAACGUUAUAAAAGUCAAAAAUGCUGGGUCAAAUGUAUGCCGCAAGACUAAGUCCCAAUUUGGAGACAGCCACGCGAUUGCUGAAAAGUCCUCUUGGCCAGGCGCUUAUCUCCUUUUUGCUGGGCUACUUGGCCACCACAAAGUUGUCGCAAAUGUAUAGCAAAUUGAAGUGCGAUUCCGACAAAUCCGAUGUAUUGGGGAUUGAGGAUGAGGAUGAGGAUUCAGAGCCCCAGGAUGAAAGUGAGCUUUUGCCCCAGGGAAACGGGGUGGUGAUACUCAGCACAGAGGAACUAACUGCUUUCGAUGGCUUGAACCCAGAUCUUCCCAUGUAUACCGCCCUGAAUGGCCUGAUCUAUGAUCUGAGCCCGGGCCGUGAGAAGUUCUUAAGCCAUGGGCCCUACUCCUUUAUGGCCGGAUGCAAUGCCAAUAAGCUCCUGAAAAUUGCCUGUGCUUCCAUGGGCGUCUGUGCCGCAAAUGUAAUAAAUCGCUGGGAACGGAGCCUCAAAGCCGAAUUCAAUAUCGUAGGCUAUCUGAUUGAUGCGGAUGUGGAAAUGGGUGCUGGGGAUCUGGAGAAUGUUGCUGAGGAUCUGGAGAGCGAGCAUCAAACGGAGACAAGUGAAGGCGUUUAAUGAGCUUUGAAUGUCCCUUUCCUUUAGUUUGGCAAUAAAAUAGUGUUUAAUGCUUUUACUUCCAAACUAAAAGAGGGGGAUGUUCAAUGCACCUAAGACUAGAAAUAUGUUGAUUUGAAAAAUGACUUAUUGUUUUCGCUCCUGAAAGGCAAUUAAUAACUAAAAUCGGUUACAAAAUAAAUUAUGAUGUUUCAAAAUG